GGGCGGCAAAGGGGGCGAAGCCUUGUCUGGGCAGCUUCGCUUGUGUUUUCCUUACUUGUUUUCCCCACGUUUUAAGUGGGAAUACACGUUCGCAUAUGAAUGUAGUUGCAUCCAGCCCGUGGCUCGCCGGGUGGUUCCUUACCCUGCUGUACGCUGAGGCCGAACACUUGCACGCCAAGAAUUCAUUGUUGUCGGUGCUUUGAUAACCCCUCAGCUUCAGGCGCUUGUAUGAAGGUACCAUAUACACAGCCCCCGGGAAAAGUUGUGGCUGAUGAAGAAAGACCGUCAAUUCAUUGUCGGUGAUGGACACCCCCACCCACAGCACCUUGCACCUGAGUGACUGGCAGAAAAGUUACUUUGCUGUUACCUCUGGCACCUGCACACCCAGACAGAAGGCAGAUGAAUACCGUGCCAAACUCCUGCGUGUUCAGUAUGCAUGGGCAAACUCUGAGAUCUCUCAGGUCUGUGCUGCCAACCUGUUUAAAAAAUACGCAGAGAAAUACUCUGCAAUUAUUGACUCUGACAACACAGAGACUGGCUUGAAUAACUAUGCCGAAAACGUACUGACUUUGGCAAAGUGUCAGCAAAAUGACAGUGACAAGUGGCAAUCUGCCUUGACAACAGAUAAUGUACUUGAAUUAAAGUGUGUGCAAGAGAGGAUGCAGGCUGGCAAAAAUCUCCAUCCUGCUCAGAGGGCACCAGCAGAUGCCUGUGUACCAGCUGAUAAAGGGGUCAGUGCCUCUGCUGCUCCAGGUCUUUCUAAACUUGGUGUCUUCAGCAGUGCCAGAGAGGCUGAGCUCUGUGCUGGCUCAGCAAAAUGUGCAAGGCAGGGGCUAGAUAUCCUUCAGCAUCCCUCAUCUUCAAAGUCUCUUCAGAGCAGUGUGCCUCCUGUGACCAAAACAUCGGGUACACUGGCUGCCUCUUCACCCUCCUUAAACGAGCAGGUCCAUGCAGAUUUCCAGGCAACUCCGUUAUUUGGAAGUAAAGACACAGCAAGUAUUUCUCUGAAAAUGUUGAGUAACUCUUGUGAUAGUCAAAAUUUGUCUCUUUCCAAUCAGUCAGUACCUGCUUGGUCUGCAAAUUCUGGAAAAAGAAAAGCGUUUUACAGUUUGGCUGAUGAAGGCAGCACAGUGAAUCCUUGCCUUGUUCCGUGCCAGGCCUCCAUUAUGACAGAAAACAGUAGCUUUUCAGGAAAUAGAAGCAGAAAUGAAGAGAGCGGUUUUCCUAGUUUCAGGACUGCAAAAGAACAGCUGUGGGUGGAUCAGAAGAAGAAACCUCAAAACCUACCCCAGCGUACACCAGUCUCAUCUUACGGAGGUGUCAAAAAAUCACUAGGUGCAGGCAGGUCUCGGGGUCCAUUUGGCAAAUUUGUCCCUCCAGUUCCAAAACAAGAUGGAAAUGAAAAUGGAGGAGCACAGUGUAAACCUCAUGCAGGAGGAGCAGCAGAUCCAUUGCUGCCUGUAGAUGAACGACUGAAAAGCAUAGAACCAAAAAUGGUUGAACUCAUUAUGCACGAGAUCAUGGACCAUGGGCCUCCUGUUAACUGGGAUGACAUUGCUGGAGUUGAAUUUGCUAAAGCUACCAUAAAAGAAAUAGUAGUGUGGCCCAUGCUGAGGCCAGACAUCUUCACUGGGUUACGUGGUCCUCCUAAAGGAAUUCUUCUCUUUGGUCCCCCUGGGACUGGCAAGACUCUCAUAGGCAAGUGUAUUGCAUGCCAGUCUGGAGCCACUUUUUUUAGCAUCAGUGCCUCUUCUCUGACUUCCAAGUGGGUAGGGGAGGGGGAAAAGAUGGUGCGUGCACUGUUCACUGUGGCACGAUGUCAACAGCCAGCAGUGAUUUUCAUUGAUGAAAUUGAUUCUCUGUUGUCUCAGCGAGGAGAGGGGGAGCAUGAAUCGUCAAGAAGGAUAAAAACUGAAUUUCUGGUCCAGUUAGAUGGGGCAACAACCUCUUCUGAGGAUCGUAUUCUAGUGGUUGGAGCAACAAAUCGACCCCAAGAAAUUGAUGAAGCUGCCCGGAGGAGACUUGUGAAGAGGCUGUACAUUCCUCUUCCAGAAGCCUCAGCUAGGAAGCAGAUUGUUACCCGUCUUAUGUCAAAGGAGCACUGCUCUCUAAAUGAUGAAGAAAUUGAACUCAUAGUUAAGAAAUCAAAUGGAUUUUCAGGGGCAGACAUGACACAGCUUUGUCGAGAAGCUUCUCUGGGCCCUAUCCGCAGUCUUCAGUCCAUGGACAUUGCAACCAUCAUGCCAGACCAGGUGCGGCCUAUUGCUUUCCUGGACUUUGAGAGUGCCUUCAGAACUGUGCGGCCCAGUGUCUCCUCAAAGGACCUAGAGCUGUAUGAAACCUGGAACCAGACCUUUGGUUGUGGUAGAUAAUCGUAUCCUGUCUGCUUUGCAGAAGUGUUUCUUUGGUGUGUAUUAAAUCCAGGAUAAUUUAGGGUCUCUGUGCCUGUUUUUGCAUCUGUCUUUGA